AUGGAGCGGCAGAAGAUCGCGCUGAGCAACUUUCUGCUGGAGAUUUGCCCGGCGCUGCUGAACUGCAGCCGCCAGUCUCUCCAGUCGCUCCUCGCGAAGGAGGCGGACCGCACGCUGCAAACGUUUCUCUUGGAGCAGCAGCAGGUUCUCGUCGUCGGCCGCGAACCGGUCGCGAAGAAGAAGAACGGGGCCCCGGGGAGCGGCGCCGAGGCUGCUCCCCCUGGGGACCGCCCUGAGGAGCCUCCCGCCGACGAAAACGACGAGGAGGAACAGUUUCGUUUGUUUGUCGAACUGGGGUUCGCCGCCCACGCACUGACUCGGGCGAACUCCGUCGCGUUCCUGAAACGCCCAGGGUUCUCCCUCGAGGAGCAGGAGCCCUCGCCCGAAGUCGGAGACGACGAGGCUUCCCCUGCGGGGGAGUCUGUGCACCAUGCGCCGAUGCAUGCACGGAAAACAAUCGGGCAGCAACUCGCCGUGAUGCGGUGCGGCUUUGGAGAAGAAGCGGAGACGUCCCUCGACGUCACGCAGCUGUACAUGCAGCGGGGUCUCGCGCCGAUGCUCAACGUGGCGCUGACGCAAAAGGAGACAGAGGGGACAGGAGCGCCGGCGGGCGGCGCGCAGGCUGGCGGGAACGGCUCUGCGGCGGGCGGUCAGGAAGAAGCCGCCGAGGGCCCUGCGCAGAACAAAGUCGCGAGUUCCAGUCUCCACCAAACAGUCAACAAGAAGAUGGCCGAGCUGCUCCUCGCCGUCCAGCAGGCACAGCAAAACGUAGACAUUCCUCUCGUUCAACUCGCCGUCGACCCCGUCAUCGAGGCUGCCGUGAAGACCGCUCAGGCUGCUGGCCGAAAGGCGACCGUCGAGGACUUGGGCGACUACCUCCACAACACCGGCUACCUCAUUGCGCUGCAAAACCACGUCAAUCGAUGGAUCAAGGACAUCCAAAAGAUCUGCCGAAUGCAAAGAGACGCGAGCACCGGCAGCGCGGCGGAAGAAGUGAACUUCUGGGUGGGCAUGGAGAGGGCCAUUUCGCACGUGGAGGAGCAGCUGAAGACGCCGGAGGCCGAGCUGACGCUGCAGGUGCUCAAGCAGACGCGGAAGGUGUUUGCGACGAUGACGUUUGAGCAAGACGCCGGACUGAAGCAGGCGUCAGACAUGGUGGCGAGUGUGAACAUUUUGAUUCGGGACUUCCCCGUCAACGACUUGCUCGGCGCAACUUCCGUCGAGCAACUGACGCAGGCUGUCCGCACUGUCUUCAUGCAUCUGCGCAAGUUGAAGAACGCGACGCAGUACCCUCUCUCGAGAGCCUACCACUUGGUGGAGGCGCUGUCCAGAGAUCUGAGUCAGCGACUCGUCGCCGUGCUCUCGCAGCAACACUUGCUCCUCCUCAGCUUUGAGGAAUUCGAACACGCGACGGGCGGGUGUUCCGAGUUGUUUCGGACGUGGGAAGAGGAGGUGCGUCAGUUCAAGGAGAUGGUUCGAGACCAGUCGAAGAAGCGCGGUUUGUCGGAGCGCCCGCCGGCGAAGCUCGUCUGCGAGCACUUGGUGAUUCAGGAGCGGCUUGGCGAGUUGCGCCAGUUUCGACGGCAACACCACCGCCUGAAGGAGGUGAUUUCGAAGGUUCUUUCGGAGAGUGCAGGCGGCGACUUGACUGCGCAGAAGGAGGUGGCGAGCGCGUACGAACUCAUGCAGUCUGUCGACGUCUUGGAUUUGUCCCGGGCGGGCCAGGAGGCGUGGGAAGCCGCUCGGAAGGCGUACGACGACCGGAUUGAUCGGGUCGAGUCGCAAAUCACUGCGCGUUUGCGCGACCGCCUCGGCGCCUCGACGACUUCUGGCGAGAUGUUUCGGGUCUUCUCGCAGUUCAACGCGCUCUUCUUUCGGCCGCGCGUCCGCGGCGCGAUCCAGGAGUACCAAACCACGCUCAUCCAGCAAGUGAAGAUGGAUCUGCGCAAACUGCAGGAGGCGUUUCUCGACGGCCACCAGCGCGUGGAGACCCUCACGAUGGCUGAGGCGCGAGACAUGGCGCCGAUCGCCGGAUCGAUCGUCUGGGAGCGGCAACUCGAGCGGAGACUCGAGGGCCUGGUGCGCCGCAUCGAAGACGUCCUCGGCCGAGGCUGGGAACAACACGUCGAAGGCCAAAAGCUCCGCCAAGACAUCGACGCCUUCAAGCAGCGCUUGAGUCAAAACCAACUCUUCGAGAACUGGCUGCAAAUGGUCAAGGACGAAAAGCGCCUCGACGCCAGCGAACACAUCUUCGUCAUCCGCGUUCUCGGAGGCAAAGGCUUCGAACUCGACGUUCGGCUGUUGAACACACUGCAGUUUCGCAUUCCGUAUUCGGUGAAGGUGAUGGCUGACGAAGCGAAGGUACUGUAUCCGUUUGUGACCACGUUGCGCGUCGUCCUGAGGACGUACGCGGAGGCGUGUCGCCGAAUUGAGUGCGCGCCGUCGCCCGUGAGCGCGGGCGGCAUGCGCACGAGGUCCGGAGACUCGAUCAUUGCUCUCCUCGUUGCGUCUUACCAACGUGAGGCGCAGCAGCGACUGGCUGAAGGCAUGGGACUGCGCUGGGACUCGGAUAGACUCGAGGCGUACGUCAGGAAAGUCUCCGAUGUCAUGUACAGCUUCGAAGGAAAAGUCGACGCAGGGAUCAAACGCCACCAAGACGCGCUCCAAGACAUGGACGCCAUCAAAGACAUGCUGGUGAAAGUACAGAAACACAUUGAAGAGCAACAGCUUCAGCACUUUUCAAACAUUCCCCGGUGGACGCGGUUGCUCGACAGACACGUGGAGACGAUUCUCCGCAACCGAGUCGUCGACACCGUCAACGCGUGGGUGAAGCAAUUCGAAGGAUGGCCCCAUGCCGGUACUUCCCUCGUCAAAAAACCGGCGGUUCUUGAGAUUCAGCUGCGGAACCAGGUGUUGCAAGUCUUCCCCCCAGUUGAGGCGGCGCACCAGUACUGGAUGGGAGAGUUGCACAACACGAUCGCGUCAGUUUGUUUGUUGCCUCGGCUGUCGUCUCGGAUCGGCGCGAGUGCGGCUGCCUUUGACGAAUUCGAUGAUUCCGGAAGCUCCGACGAAGAAGGAAACGGAAAGGACGAAAGUCUACAGAGGCCGAAACUCCGCAAAGACCGCACGUACAGACACCUGUCGCAACUUGUAGAUCCCACUGUCUUUUACCACGCGUACGACGUCAUCAACGCUCACAUUCAGCGGGUGAAGGCGUACGUGCAAACAUGGCUCCAGUACCAGGUUUUGUGGGACGUGGACGUGAACGAGGUGAUAGGCCGACUCUGCGACGACAUCGAGACAUGGCAGCAUCUUCUGAACGAAAUCAAAGCCGCGCGAAGCACCUUCGACACGCACGAAAACCAAGAAGAAUUCGGCGCAACCGUAGUCGACCACCAACAAGCGCAGGCAAAGCUGAACGUCAAGUACGACGGUUGGCACCGGGAGAUUUUGCAUGCGUUUGCUCAGAAGGUGGCGGCGCGCAGCGAGGCGUUUUACAAGCAUUUGCAUUCCUUGUUGACGGAUUUGGAGGAGCAAGGUCGCGCGGAAGACCCGACGGAGACGUCGAUUUCCGCCGUCACUUUUCUGUCCAUGUCGCAGUUUCAGAUGGACGCGUUCGUCAACGACGUAGGCCCGCAGGCUGACGCGUUGCUGUCCUCGCUCGUCUCGAACCUCACGCGCUUUCUCCUAAAGUUGCAGGAAGCGUCCAAGGCGGACGUGGAGUGGGGCGCCGCCGUCGAGAGUCUCCGGGCGAGUGAGAGACUCCUCGAGGGCCAGCGCUUCGCCUUCCCGAGCGACUGGCUGUGGAUUGACAGGGUCGAGGGCGAGCUCGAAACCUUCCAGCAAAUUUUGCAUCACCAGGCGCUGCUGGUGGAGCAGAAUCGCGAGCAAAUCGUCGACAUGGUCAAGCGGUACAACGACCGCGUCCAGUUCCGCCUCAGUCAUCUCUACUCGGAGUGGAUGACGCACCGCCCGGUGAAGAGCGACGUGUCUCCGCAGCACGCGACGCAGGUGCUGGCGACCUACGAGACGCAGUUGACGCAGCUCUCUGAGCAGUACGCGUUCGGCUCCAAAGCGAAGCAAGUCCUCGGCCUCGACGACCUCGCGCAAGGCGACGAGGAACAGUUCACCCCCGACAGCCUCGCGGAAGAGAUCCGAGACAUGAAGGGCGUAUGGAGCGCGCUCGGGUCGCUCUUCGACGACGUCAGUGCUCUUCGAGACACGCCGUGGGCGAGCGUCGUGCCCAAGACGGUGCGACAGCGCCUCGAGGAGCUUCUGGAGAAGAUCAAGACGGUCCCUUCGCGGUUCCGACAGUACGACGCGUUCGAGGAAAUGCGCACGCAGCUCACGACGUUCCUGAAGCUGAACCUGUUGAUCACCGACCUGCGCACGGAUGCUCUCAAGGAGCGCCACUGGAAACUCAUCUUGGGCCUCUUGAAAAUCAAAAAACCGCUGCAAGACGUCACACUCGGCCUGCUCUGGCACGCAGACCUCCCCGCCAACGAAGCCGCGGUCAGAGAAAUCCUCGUGCAGGCCCAGGGCGAAACCGCCCUUGAGGAAUUCCUGCGACAGGUCAAAGAUUCGUGGCAAGACCGCGAGUUGGUGUUUGUGGCGUACGGGACAAAGACAAAGUUGGUUAAGGGGUGGGAGGAUCUUUUUCAGCUGAUUGACGACCAGCUGGCGGCGCUGCAGUCGAUGAAGAUGUCGCCUUACUUUAAGAUCUUUGAGGAAGAGGCACUGACGUGGGAAGACAAGUUGAACCGCCUCCGAAGCUUGCUCGACAGCUGGGUGGAGGUCCAGCGCAAGUGGGUAUACCUUGAGGGCGUCUUCACCGGUUCGCAGGACAUUCCCAUGCUCCUGCCCCAGGAGCACCAUCGGUUCAAAGGAAUCGACCAAGACUUCAAAAACAUCAUGAAGAAAGCCGCGAAUGUCAAGAACGUCAUGGAGGUGGCGGCGGUCGACGAUUUGGGGAGGCAGUUGGAACGUCUCUCGGACCUUCUCUCGCGCAUUCAGAAGGCGCUCGGAGAGUACCUCGAGAAGCAAAGGGAACAGUUUGCGCGUUUCUACUUUGUCGGCGACGAAGAUCUCCUCGAAAUGAUUGGCAAUGCGCGAGACGUGAAGGUUGUUCAGAGACACAUCAACAAGCUCUUCGCCGGCAUCGCCGUCCUCGACACCGACCCCGAAAACGGCGCUAUCAUCGUCGGAAUGAGUUCGAAGGAAGGGGAGAGUGUCCCGUUUUCGACAACCAUUCCGAUUUUGCAGUACGCGUCCUUGAAGGAGUGGCUGGGGGCGGUCGAGCAGCAGAUGAUUGUGACGUUGGCGGAGAAUCUCGCGUCGGCGAUCGCGCAGCUGGAGCAAGUGAACAUGCCGAAGCUGCUGGCCUCGUGCCAGGAGACCGACGGCGCGGUGACGAACCACCCGUUCCUCCUCUGGAUCGCCGCCUAUCCGCUGCAGGCGCUCAUCCUUGCACUCCAAGUCUCCUGGACACGCUCAGUCGAGGCGGCCCUGACACAAAAACGAGGAGAGGAGCCUCACCCGCUUGCCACAGACGUCCUCGAUUACACCUGCAACUUGCUGGGCUUCCUCGCGGACCGAGUGGUCAUGGAUGUCGGCGUCACCGUCCGGCAGCGAAUGGUCCAAAUCAUCACCGAGUUGGUGCACCAGCGCGACGUUUGCAGAGUUCUCAUCGAACAAGGCGUCACAGCCAAAGACGACUUCCGCUGGCUCCAGUACAUGCGUUUCUACUUCACGCCGCCGACCCAGAACGCCUUGCCACAAAACUCCCUCCGCAUCGCCAUGGCCGACGCCACUCUCUCCUACGGCUUUGAAUAUCUGGGCAUGGCCGAGCGUCUUAUUCAGACGCCGUUGACCGACAAGUGCUUCUUGACUCUCACCCAAGCCCUCAACAUGAAACUUGGAGGCAACCCUUUCGGACCCGCAGGCACUGGCAAAACCGAGUCUGUGAAAGCUCUCGGAACUGCUUUGGGGCGGUACACGCUCGUCUUCAACUGCGAUGAGACUUUCGACUUUAACGCGAUGGGGAGGUUGUUUGCUGGUUUGUGCCAAGUGGGCGCCUGGGGAUGCUUCGACGAGUUCAACCGUCUCGACGAGAAAAUCCUCUCUGCUGUCUCCGAGCAAAUUCUCACCAUUCAGACUGGUCUGAGGGAAGGUUUGUCGUCGAUUGAGCUGUUGGACAAGAAGGUGAAGUUGUCUCCGAAUGUGGGUAUUUUUGUGACGAUGAAUCCGGGGUAUGCGGGCCGUUCGAAUUUGCCAGACAACCUGAAGCAGCUUUUCCGCGAGAUUGCGAUGAUUGUUCCGGACAAGCAGCUGAUUGCGCAGGUGACGCUCUUCGCGCAGGGGUUCCGCUCCGCCGAGCGUCUGGCGAGCAAAAUCAUCUCGCUGUUUGACUUGUGCGACCGGCAGUUGUCGAAGCAGCCUCACUACGAUUUUGGUCUCCGCUCGCUCAAGUCCGCUCUCAACUCGGCGGGGAGUCUGAAGCGGCAGUGGCUGCAGGAUCGCCUGUCGAGCGUCGAGGGCGCCGAGUCCGCGCCCGAGGAGAGCGAAGCGAGCGUGGUGAAGGUGGAGGAAACGCUCCUUCUGCGCUCCGUGUGCGACACGGUGGUCCCCAAACUGGUCGCCCAAGACGUUCCGCUGCUCCGCAGUCUCCUCGCUGGAGUUUUCCCCGGCUCAGACAUUUCGAUGCUGGAGGAGAAGGUGCUCUGCGAAGAAAUUGAACGACUCGCGCAGCGCCGCCACAUGCAGUGCAAAGGGGAGUGGAAAGAGAAGAUUCUCCAGCUGUACCAGAUUCAGAAGCUCCAGCACGGCGUCAUGCUCGUCGGCCCAGUCGGCACUGGAAAGUCCGCCGCGUGGCGAAUUCUCCUCGACGCCAUGGAACGCUUGGACGGGAUCAAGGGACACGCCCACGUUCUCGAUCCCAAAGCCGUGCCGAAGGAACAACUCUACGGUCGCCUCGACUCCACCACGCUCGAGUGGCAAGACGGCGUCUUCACAGCCAUUCUACGCAAAAUCCUACAGGCGAAUGCUCAGCAGCAGGCGGGAUCUGCGCCUGGCGCUCUGAAGCGUCACUGGAUUGUGUUUGAUGGCGACGUGGAUCCGGAAUGGGCCGAGAAUCUGAACUCGGUUCUGGACGAUAACAAGUUGCUGACCUUGCCGAAUGGCGAGCGGCUGCAGAUUCCGAGCAACGUGCGACUGCUCUUCGAGGUGGACACGCUGAAGCAUGCGACGCUGGCGACAGUCAGUCGUUGCGGCAUGGUGUGGUUCUCGGACUCCGUUGUGGAAGUCUCGACGCUUUUCCGCCACCACUUGUCGAAGAUCCAGAUGGGCAGUUUGGAGGGCACGCAGGCGAUGCAGAAGCUGGGGCGGCUGCCUUCGCAGAAAGACGACGACCGGGAGACUCCCGAAAAGGAACUGACUCGGAGCGAGUCUUCGGCAUCUCACGGACAGGGCGGCGUCGCAACUCUCCGCACUGGCGUGGAGGCCGAGAAAGCGCAGCUCUGCGACAUCGCCGCGGAAGUAUGGCGACCGUACUUUGAGAAGGACGGGUUCGUCUGUGAGGCUCUCGCGCGCGCGAUGAGCUACGAACACAUAAUGGUCCCCACGCACGUCCGCCUGUGGCUGCUCUUGGCCAUGCUCUGGGGCUUCGGAGGCUCCAUGUCGCUGGCGAAUCGCCUGAACUUCACCAAGGAAAUUCAGCGCCUCUCGCCGAUUCGUCUGCCUACCGCUCUCGACGACGCCGACGGCAGAGACGUCACCCUCCUCGACUUCGAGCCGAGCGUCGAAGACGGCGCGUGGCACAUGUGGAAAGAGAAAGUGAAACAAGUCGAAAUCGAACCGCAUCAGGUCGCCGAUGCGAAUUUGGUGAUUCAGACAGUCGACACUCUCCGACACAAACAUGUCGUCGAAGGCUGGCUAGACGAGCAACGCCCGUUCAUUCUCUGUGGCCCGCCGGGAUCGGGAAAGACCAUGACGUUGACGUCUGUCUUGAAAGAGAGAACAGACUUCGACAUCGCCUUCCUCAACUUUUCUUCCGGAACGACGCCGCAAGUGCUCCUGAAGACCUUCGAUCAGUACUGCGAGUUCACCAAGUCUCCAAAGGGCGUGGUGAUUAUGAGGCCCACGCAGCCGGGGAAGAAGUUGAUUGUUUUCUGCGACGAGUGCAACCUGCCGUCGCCGGAUAAGUACGGCACGCAGUCUGUGAUCACAUUCAUGCGCGAAAUCACCGAGACGGGAGGCUUCUGGCGUCUCAUGCCGCAAAUGGCGCAAAGCGGACCCUGGGUCUGGGUGAAGGUCGAGCGCGUCCAAUUCGCGGGCGCAUGCAACCCGCCGACAGACGCAGGGCGGCAUCCGAUGAGCGAUCGGUUCCUCCGAUUCGCGCCGCUCCUCUUUGUCGACUUCCCGGGAACCGAGUCCCUCCGACAGAUUUACGGCACCUUCAACCGCGCGAUGCUUCGACCCUUCCCGCAGCUUCGCGCGCAUGCAGAGGCGCUGACGAACUCGAUGGUUGAGUUCUACGACGAGUUCUCGCGGGCCUUCACAGUCGACAUGCAGCCGCACUACAUUUAUUCGCCGCGUGAACUGACGCGGUGGAAGCUGGCGAUGGCGGAGGCGCUGGAAGGCGGCGACCGCGUCCUGCAGAAAACGGGCAGCAGGGUGUUGAAAGGCGAGAGGGACCAGACUGCAGGCGUGUCGAACUUCUUCGCGUCGAGCCUCGUCGACGGCGCACGAGGUGAAGACUCAGGCCGUCUCGAGCCUGAAGAGGUCGACGUGAAAAUGAUGGUCCGAAUCUACACCCACGAGGGUCUGCGCAUCUUCUCCGACCGUCUCGUCCACGAAGCGGAGCGGCAGAAAACCGAUCAGAUGAUCGACGAAAUCACGCUUAGGCACUUCCACGGCGUGGAUCCUUCGGCGUUGCAGCGUCCGAUCAUUCUCACAUCUUUGGUGACGAAGCGCUACGAGGAGGUGUCUAGGGAGGAGUUGCGGGCGUUAUUGCAAGGCAAGUUGCGCGUUUUCAACGAGGAAGUGUUCAACGUUCAGCUGGUCUUUUUCAACGAGGUUCUGGAGCACGUGACGCGAAUCGACCGCGUGCUGCGUCAGCCGCUCGGGCACCUGCUCCUGGUGGGGGCUUCCGGCGCAGGGAAGACGAUUUUGACCAAGUUCGUGGCGUGGAUGAACGGAUUGUCGAUUUUCCAGAUCAAGGCCGGGCGGAACUACAACACGGCGGCGUUCGAGCAGGAUCUGCGCGUGGUCAUGAAACGCGCCGCGAUCAAGGAGGAGAAGAUUGCGUUCAUUCUCGACGAGAGCAACGCACUCGGCCCGGCCUUCCUGGAGCGCAUGAACGCGCUGCUUGCCUCGGGCGAAGUACCCGGCCUGUUUGAAGGCGACGAGUACACGGCCCUGAUCAACGAGUGCAAGGCGGCGUACGGAUCGGGAGAGUACCUGAGCAACGAGUCCGGCGAAAUCUUUGCGCGGUUCACACGCCUUGUCCAGCGGAACCUCCACAUCAUCUUCACCAUGAACCCUGCGAACCCGGAGUUCUACAACCGCCAGGCGACCUCUCCGGCUUUGUUCAACCGCUGCGUCAUCGACUGGUUCGGCGACUGGAACGAACGCGCCAUGCUCGAAGUCGCAAAGGCGUUCACCUCACCCAUCCUCCUCCCUCCCGAAGGCUUCGAACCGGACGCGGCUGUCGGUGUGAAUAUCGAGGCCGUCGAAAACAAAAAAACCGAAACGGGCGAAGACGCCUCAGGACCGGUGGAUGUGGACGACGAGGCGCGCCGCGUGCGUCUAGCGACGUCGAUCGUCGCGUUUCACGCGGCAGUGGCACUGAACAAUAAGAAGUUGCAGCGGGCGGGGAAGAAGAGCAAUUGGAUGACGCCCCGCGACUUCCUCGACUUUCUGCACCACUUUGUGAAUCUCGUCGGCGAGAAGGCGGACGCAACUGGCGAGCAGCAGCGGCACUUGCAGGCCGGUCUCCAGACGCUGCGCGUGGCUGAGGAGCAAGUCGCGGAGAUGCGCACCGAGCUGACGGAGAAGGAGAGUGUGUUGACGGAGAAGAACGAGGAGGCAGAGAAGAAGAUGGGCCAGAUGGUUGAGCAGCAGGCGGAGGCGGAGGAGAAGAAGCGGGGCGCGGAGCAGUUGGCCCGGAAGCUGGACGAGCAGACGGGUGUGAUUGAGGAGCGUCGCCAAGUGGUGCAGAAGCAACUCGCGGAGGUCGAGCCGCUGCUUCAGGAGGCCGCGGAAGCGGUGACGAACAUUCCGAAGAAGAGUCUCGACGAGCUCAAGUCGAUGGCGAAUCCGCCGGCGAUGGCGAAGAUCGCAGUCGAGGCGGUCGCGCUGUUGAUCACCGACGCAGGCGAGAAGCCGCUGAGUUGGGAGGACGCGCGGAAGGUGUUGAAGAACCAGGACUUCAUCACCAAGGUCGUGAACUUUGACUGCAGCUGCGUGUCGCCGGCGACGCGCAGGUGCGUCCAGUCCAAGUUCAUCCACGGCGGCGAGUGGGACCUCGAGAAGAUCAAUCGCGCGAGCAAGGCGGCCGGGCCACUCGCCAAGUGGGUCGAGAGCAGCGUGGCGUUCGUGACGAUUUCCGAGCAGGUGGAUCCGCUCCAGAAGGAGAUCGAAGUGCUCGAGGUCGAGGCGUUGAAGAACAAGGAGGAACUGCUCCAGCAGCAAGACUUGAUCGGGCAACUCGAGGCGAAGCUCCAGCAGUACAAGAAGGACUACGCGCAGCUGAUCAGUCAGGUCCAGCUGAUCAAGCGCGAGAUGGAAGACGUCCAGAAGAAGUGCGCGCGCUCCAUGCGCCUCCUGCAGAACCUCGGGUCGGAGAAAGGCCGCUGGCUGGAGCAGUCCGACGCGCUGUGCCAGGCGGGAUUCACGUUCAUCGGCGACUCGCUGCUCGCUGCAGCCUUCUGCGCGUACCUAGGCUUCUUCGAGUACGCGCAUCGGCAGCGGCUGCUCGACGAGUGGCAACAAAUCCUCAAAGUCGAGCGCGUCCGGUUCUGCGCAGACCUCUCGUACGUCGACUUCCUCUCACUGCCCUCGGAGCGCCUGCAGUGGGUCGCCUGCGGGCUGCCGCCCGACGACUUGUCGAUUCAAAACGCGAUCAUUCUCAAGCGCUUCCUGCGCUACCCGCUGGUCAUCGACCCGGCGGGACAGGCAACGAACUUCCUCACGCACUUGAUGGCGGCGAAGAAGCUGACAAAGACGUCCUUCACGGAUCAGAACUUCCUCAAAGCCCUGGAGGCGGCUCUGCGCUUCGGAACCACCCUGCUGGUCCAAGACGUGGAGAAGGUCGACCCGAUCCUGAAUUCGGUGCUGAACCGCGAGACGCACAAACUCGGCGGCCGCGAACUGAUCACGGUCGGCGACGCCGAAAUCGACUUGUCGCCCGCGUUCAUGCUCUUCCUCGCGACUCGAGACCCGACGGCGCAGUUCACGCCCGACCUCUGCAGUCGCGUGACGAUCGUGAACUUCACGCUCACGCCCUCGUCGCUGGUGAACCAGUGUCUGAACUUGAUUCUAAAGAGCGAACGCCCCGAUGUCGACAAACGCCGCACAGACAUGCUCAAACUCCAGGGCGAAUUCAAAGUGAAGAUCCGCGAACUCGAAGACGGCCUCCUCCAGGCGCUCUCCAACGUGAAAGGCAACAUCCUCGACGACGACGCCGUCCUCGCAACCAUGGAAAACCUCAAACAGCAAGCUGCAGAAGUCGAACGAGAAGCUGCGCGCACCGAAGACGUCAUGGCGGAAGUCGAAAAAACCAGCAACAUGUACCUCGUCUGGGCCCUCGCCGCCGGACGAAUCUACUUCAUGCUCCUCAACCUCUCGUGCAUCUCCUUUCUCUACCAAUACGACCUACGGUUCUUCCUCAAUCUGGAGAAGGUGGGUUCGAGUGACUACGCGGCGCGUUUGGAGUUUUUGAUGGAGAAGCUUUUUAGCACGGCGUAUCAGCGUUUGGCGCCGGGUCUGCGCUACAGCGAUCGCCUGGUGGUCGGCUUGGAGAUGGCGCACAUUCGCGCGGAGAUCGACUUGAAGGCGUCCAUUUGGAGCGCCGAGAUGCAGCUGCUGUUGGCGGGGACGAUUUUGAAGGGGAAGGCGGACGGGGAGGCCGGGGACGAGUCUCCGGCGGAGAAGCGCGACGAGGAGCGGCGCGAGUGGAAGGACGACUUGGACGGGGGGAUCAACGCGGAGCAGAUGAAGGCGCUGCAGAAGCUGUCGCUUUUGCCCUUUUUCGCGGGCCUGGAGAGACAGAUGGGGGAGCACCGCGACGCGUUCAAGGCCAUGCUCUCGAGUCCGGAACCCGAGAAGCUGGUUCCGAGCGGCGUCCUUGCUGCGGAGUCGGACGACGACGGCGUCUUUGGGGUCGGCGGGAAGAUGACGAAGGCCAAGUGGCUGCGGCAGCUGCGGGAGAUUCUUUUGGUCCGAGCGCUGAGGCCAGAUCGCGUCAGUCUGCUGCUCGCCGCACUCGUGGAGGCUGUGCUGGGCGAGAACUUCUUGACGGUUCCGGAGCUGACGCAGGCCGCGUUCUACGACUUGAUUCAGACCCAGGCCGGGGCAGCUGUCCCCGUCGCGCUCGUCUCGUCUCCUGGGUUCGAUCCGAGCUUGAAAGUUACGGCGCUGGCUGCAGCCUACAACCAACCCCUCACCUCGAUUGCGAUGGGAAGCAAAGAAGGUUUCCUGCUCGCCGAGAAGGCGAUCGGCCAGGCGUCUCGCCAAGGCCACUGGGUCCUCUUCAAGAACGUCCACCUGUCCACCAAGUGGCUGCAGGGACUGGAGAAGCAGUUGUACCGCAUGCAGGGCGUCCACUCGAACUUCCGCAUCUUCUUGACCAUGGAAGCGACACCGGCGCUUCCCCUCAACCUUAUGCGCGUCUCCUACACCUUUGUCUUCGAGCCGCCGUCCGGCGUCAAGGCGUCAUUGCUCCGGUCCUACGCCACGAUGAACGCAGAAAGCGCCGGCAGUGCGGCGAAGAAAGGCCUCGCCAGUCCCGACCCCGGCGUCUCCGUGGGGAAACCGCCGCUCGUGGCGCGAAGCAGACUCCAGUUCCUGCUCGCCUUCCUGCAUGCAGUCGUGCUGGAGAGACGCCGAUACGCGCCAGUCGGCUGGUGCAAGAAGUACGAGUUCUCUGACGCGGACCAAGUCUGUGCGCUGAAAAUCAUCAACUCGUGGGUCGACGCCGUCGCCGCAGUUGGGAAAGGCGCACCUGGAGACAAAAUGAUGGCCGAGUUCAUCGCCCCCGAGAGACUGCCAUGGGAGGCUAUUCGCACCCUCCUCAAGCAAGUCUGCUACGGAGGCAGACUCGACAACCCCGUGGACCAAAAAAUCUUGAGUUCGCUGGUCGACUAUUUGUUCCAGCCGGCGGCCUUUGACGCGUCGUUCCCGCUGAACAUCAUGGCGGAGAGUGAAGAGACGGGGUCGGACUCGUUGUCCGUGCCGCAGCUGCUGACAGCCCCAGACCUCUUCAAGCAGCCGUCAGCGUACGAGGCGUGGGCGGACCAGCUAUGGAGCGUGGACAGCCCGACCUGGCUGGGCUUUUCUGCGCAUGCGGAGCGUCUCCUGGCGUCGCGUCAGUCGCUCGCAGCCGUCGGCUCCUGGGCCGCAGUGCUGUUGCGCGGUAACGAAGAGGCGCACGAUUUCCAGGCGAUCGCCGUGCAGGGUAGCGUGGCGCCUGGCGCGCGCCAGCAGACUCGAGGGCGGGGAGACGAAGCGAGUCUCUCGGCGCAGCUGACGAGUCAGAUGUCUUCCGAGAUGGCCGGCGCCGGCGGAAGUUCCUGGCUCUCGGAUCUCUUGCCUGGCGUCCAGGCGAUGGUGAACAUGCUGCCGGAAGCGGUCCCGGACAUGCGGCGCACCGAAGAAACGGUCAAGGAUCCGAUGUUCCGGUGCUUCGAGCGCGAAACGACGGUCGCCAGACGGCUGUUGGCGACGAUCCACGACGCGCUCGCGCAGCUGGUUCUUGUCUGCCAAGGCGAGGCGAAGUUGACGAACGCGCUGCGCGACCUCGCACAACACAUCAGUUCGUCGGAGGUGCCUCCGGAAUGGAAGAACGUCUUCACGUCGGCUCCGGAGUUGACGCUCGCGGAGUGGAUCGAAGACUUCAGUCGGCGGCUGAAGCACUUGAUGCUGGUGGCGCAGAGCUUCGGACCGAACGCGAUCGAAGACGCCCCCAAGCGGAUGAAGCCGGAGGAACUGAGCGCUGCGCUGAGUCGCCAGUCGGACGGCGGCGAACUCACGCAGCGACGCGUCUGGCUGGGAGGGCUCUUGUAUCCGUCCGCGUAUUUAACUGCCUCGCGCCAAGCUGUGGCGCAAGCAAAGGGAUGGUCUCUCGACGACUUGGCCAUGGAAGUCCAAAUCGGGGUCGGCGAGCCUCAAGAUGACCAGUCUUUCGUCAUCACCGGCGUGACUGUCGAAGGAGCUGCGUGGGACACGCAAGGAAAGUGUCUAACUUUGACAGAGAGCCUGAAGGCUUCUUUGCCGCCCGUGGCGAUUCGAUGGUGGCACAAGGACGAGGGUCCGAAAAUGGUCUUCUCAAAUCAGACGCCCUUGGAUGUUCCACUCUUCCUCAACCACUCGAGAGCGUAA